UAAAAAAAAAAGUGGAUGCUGCUCGCUAAUGGUGUUAUUUCUGAAGAGCAGUGGAUGGGAGGGGCGUCACUUUCAGUCAAAGUUUUCUGGCCUCUGGCAGUUUUGAGCAGUUCCCGUGUCUAUCAGGGGGUUUCAAGUUUUGCUCACAGCCAUUUCGCAUGGCCAGCUUGUGAGCACGUCAUUGUUUUGGCUUUAUUUGGCAGUGGGAGGUGACUUGAGCGUAGUGAGAGAGGGUCCCUCCAGACAGGCUGCAUUAAAAAGGGCUCCUCUGUUGCACUGUCAUACUGCUUCUGGAUCCAUGAAUAGAUAAAGACAGAGAAAGACUCAUUCAGAUCCACCCAGCAGCUGAGCUGGAGCUCGGAUGGAGGUCUGUGAAGAUUUUUUAGACGUGAAGAAGAACAGUGAAUACUCUUCAUGCAGUGCUCUGGAAUACAAUGAUCUUGAGGCUGCUGAAGCCCUGGUUUACAUGAGCUUCUGGAGUCAGAUGUCUCCAAAACCCAACGUCUUCAAACCUCGUCCUCUCACGCCAGCGUCAGACUCCUGUGAUUCCCUCCUGCACCCUGAACCACCAGAAACCCCAAAGGAUUUCGUCUCGCUCUCUUCCCUGUGCAUGACCCCACCUCACAGUCCCAGCUUUACUGAGACCUCCAACAUCACAUCAGUGCCAGCUUCUCCCUCCCCACUUACCCGGCCCUGCCCCAGCCUCCCCAGCCCCCAGAGAUCUGCAUGCCCCACCAUGGCCUCCAUCACUCAGGUGCCCUCCUCCGGACAUCCCACAGAAAGGACCACACCCCCACCCUGCAGAGCCAUGGCAACCAGCGUAAUCCGCCAUACGGCCGACAGCUUCCUUUACCAGAACAUUCCACAAGCUGUCCAGCCACAAAAGACUGAGAAAGCUCCCUCAUCACCUAGCUUGUGCCACCAGCCCCUCAUAGACACCACAACAGCAUGUCAAAGCAGCAGAUCUCCUUCAAAGGAGGAAAAGCUUUUCAUUACAUCCUCAACUCCUCAUUCGCCACCUCCAACCUCUAGCCCACCAAUCAUAUGCCAGAUGUUUCCCAUGGCCCAACCUGGAGUCAUUUCAGCCACGUUUAUUCAGAAGCCCAGCCCUGGGGUGAAGUCUAUCCUACCACAGCCGCUCCUGAUGAGCUCUCCGGUGCCUCAGGGGACAGUGAUGUUUGUGAUGCCCCAGUCGCCAGUAUCUUCAACUCAACAGUGCCAGCAGACUGUUAUGACCCUAGGCAACACCAAGCUCCUGCCUCUGGCUCCCGCUCCUGUUUACGUGCCCUCAGGGCAGAGCAGCGCCACACAGGUCGACUUUUCCCGCAGGCGCAACUAUGUCUGCAAUUUCCCAGGCUGUCGGAAAACUUAUUUUAAAAGUUCUCACCUGAAGGCACAUCUCAGAACCCAUACAGGAGAGAAACCUUUCAGCUGCAAUUGGGAAGGCUGCGAUAAGAAAUUUGCACGCUCUGAUGAGCUCUCUCGGCAUCGGCGAACACACACAGGUGAGAAGAAGUUUGUCUGUCCGGUGUGUGAACGACGAUUUAUGCGCAGCGACCAUCUCACCAAGCACGCACGUCGACACAUGACCACCAAGAAGAUCCCAUCUUGGCAAACAGAGGUGCGGAACCUCAACAAGAUCACCGCAGCCAAGACUUUGCCUACUGGCACAGCACUGCCAGUCAGCAUGUUGCUGCCAGCCUCAAACUGACUCUGAUGGAGACUGAACUUUCAGAGAUGAUAUGCAAGGACUCAUUUUAUGACUGCUGAAUCUCUCGUGAGCAAAAAAAUCGAUUUAUGCACUGGACUCCUGUCUUUUUUGCUGCACAUAUUUCGCACUCUGCAAUGGAACAUUUUGUUUACUAUUGUGUAAAAGAUUUAUGCACUCUUUUGCCAAAGUCUUUGUACUAUGUUUGUCUUAAAAAUAUUCCUUUUUCUUCUCUUUUGUAUACCUUUAUAUGUACAGAUCUAGCUGAAAUAUCUAGUGGGGCUACACACAAUUAGAAAAAGGAAAAUAUGUAAAAAUGUAUAUGUGGAUAAUUAUCUACACUGUGAUUAUCAUAUAGAACUUUUAUUUAAUACAUUUUUUUAUUAAACAAUGAAGAUUAA